UGUAUUUCAAGACUUCCCUUUUGUACUUCCUUGCUCUGUGUCGCGUAAUGUCCUCUCCCAUGCACUAGAAAAGGAAAUUACUUAUUAACAUAGGAAAGUAUAGAGGUGUUUCCGUUGGCCCUGACUCAUAGGACGGCCGGAGUGACCGGAAUCCCCUUCUUUCCGAGGUAGAGCGCUCCGGGUGGGGCCCCGAGGUCAGCUGCGCUCGGAGUGGCUGGUUCUGCGGACAGCAGCACCUGGAGCUGGAGAUGAUGCUGCAACCUGCCCUUCGUCGUGCCCUGCUUGGCUGCCCCUGGAGUGGGGCCAGGCUUCGGUGGAAACACACCUCCUCCCUGAAGGUAGCCAACGAGCCCAUCUUGGCCUUCACGCAGGGCAGCCCCGAGCGAGAUGCCCUGCAGAAGGCCUUGAAGGACCUGAAGGGCCGGACGGAAGCCAUCCCGUGCGUGGUGGGGGACGAGGAGGUGUGGACCGCGGACGUGCAGUACCAGGUGUCGCCCUUUAACCAUGCACACAAGGUGGCCAAGUUCUGCUAUGCAGACAAGGCCUUGCUCAACAAAGCCAUCGAGGCCGCCCUGGCCGCCAGGAAGGAGUGGGACCUGAAGCCCAUCGCAGACCGGGCCCAGAUCUUCCUGAGGGCAGCGGACAUGCUGAGUGGGCCGCGCAGGGCGGAGGUCCUCGCCAAGACCAUGGUGGGACAGGGUAAGACCGUGAUCCAAGCGGAGAUCGAUGCCGCGGCCGAGCUGAUCGACUUCUUCCGAUUCAACGCCAAGUUCGCCGUGGAGCUGGAGGGGGAACAGCCCCUCAGCGUGCCGCCCAGCACCAACAGCACGGUGUACCGGGGGCUGGAGGGCUUCGUGGCAGCCAUCUCCCCGUUCAACUUCACUGCCAUCGGCGGCAACCUGGCGGGGGCGCCGGCCUUGAUGGGCAAUGUGGUGCUGUGGAAGCCCAGCGACACGGCCAUGCUGGCCAGCUACGCCGUCUACCGCGUCCUCCGGGAGGCCGGCCUGCCCCCCAACGUCAUCCAGUUUGUGCCGGCCGACGGGCCCACAUUUGGGGACACUGUCACCAGCUCAGAGCACCUGUGCGGUAUCAACUUCACGGGCAGCGUGCCCACCUUUAAACACCUGUGGAAGCAGGUAGCCCAGAACCUGGAUCGCUUUCGCACCUUCCCACGCCUAGCUGGAGAGUGCGGCGGGAAGAACUUCCACUUCGUGCACCGCUCCGCCGACGUGGACAGCGUGGUGAGCGGGACCCUGCGCUCGGCCUUCGAGUACGGGGGCCAGAAGUGCUCGGCCUGCUCCCGCCUCUACGUGCCGCACUCGCUGUGGCCGCAGAUCAAACAGCGGCUGCUUGAGGAACACGGCAGGAUCAAAGUGGGCGACCCCGCAGAGGAUUUUGGGACCUUCUUCUCCGCAGUGAUUGACGCCAAGUCCUUUGGCCGCAUCAGGAAGUGGCUGGAGCAUGCGCACUCCUCGCCCAGCCUCACCGUCCUGGCCGGGGGCAAGUGCGACGACUCCGUGGGCUACUUCGUGGAGCCCUGCAUCGUCGAGAGCAAGGACCCUCAGGACCCCAUCAUGAAGGAGGAGAUCUUCGGGCCUGUGCUAACGGUGUACGUCUACCCGGACGACAAGUACAAGGAGACGCUGCGGCUGGUUGACAGCACUACCAGCUAUGGCCUCACGGGGGCAGUGUUCGCCCAGGAUAAGGACGUUGUCCGGGAGGCUACAGAGAUGCUGAGGUACUCUGCCGGCAACUUCUACAUCAACGACAAGUCCACCGGCUCGGUGGUGGGCCAGCAGCCCUUCGGGGGGGCUCGAGCCUCUGGCACCAAUGACAAGCCGGGGGGGCCCCACUACGUCCUGCGCUGGACGUCGCCCCAGGUUAUCAAGGAGACACACACGCCUCUGGGGGAUUGGCGCUACUCCUACAUGCAGUGAACUGGCUCGGCGCCUUCGCUUCGCUGUCCACCCGUCCGUCUGUCCGGGCGACGGACCUCGUGCACUGGUCCCACCCCAGCCCCUCCACCCUGCUCCCUGUGGGGUGGCCCCCUCUCUAGAGCCAAGGGCGGCCCCUUGCCCCCCACGGCCCCGCAUCCUGGCCUGUCCUCGGCUCUGGUUUGAGAUCCUGCUGGGGGGAAACGGGCCUCAGGCCCCUCAUCCCAUCGGGCGUCCUAGAAACUACAUCUCGCAGGUGCGGCUGGUUCUCCAUCCGUCCUUCCCUGCUCUUUCUUCAGCAUGGUGGCCCAGUGGGUUAGGGUCUCGGGGAGUGAUAGUGGGGCAGCUCCCGCCCCCUGGGGAAAAGGAGGUGACUCCGCAGCCUUUGGCGACCUCCUUACCCACAGAGGCUCCCAGCCUGGGCCCCAGCUCCCCAGGUCUGGGGAGUGUGACCAGGUCCUUAGGAGUGACCAGGGUGGUCUACAGGGCACGGGGCUCCAGCUGACCUUGCUCUCUUUGUCUGGGCCACACACCUUUCACGCCAGCUCACUGCCCAAACCCACACGAGCCACUGGGUAACCUGUGCCUGACCUUCAACCUUAGAUGCCCACGUGCCUUUCUCCUGGGAGCCUGUAUGCCCACCUGGUUCCUGGCUAUGUCCAUGGGGUAGGCCUGGGGGCCGCUGGAAGCCACCUGCCAAGGUGUGGGGGACACCGGUCCUUCCUGUUGGGCUGCCAUUUGGAAAUUGGGUGGGCCGUGCUGUGUCAACUUUCCCUUGGCGCCCCUGCCCUGCCCCCAGGGCGGCCACUCUCUGAGCCCUGGGGUCUUCCCGCAGGAGCGCCGUUCCCACCGGCUGCGGUGGGACAGGCUCCAGCAGGUGCUGCUCCCACCAUCUCCCAGGCCCCUGAGACCCACCGUGGGUCCCCGUCCUGCCAGGGCCGAGGAUUGUCCAUAAAAUCUUCCUUCCUUUACAUGCUAGUGACUCUGUGUGGACUGGCCCUUGGUGGCCUGCUUUUUGUUUGAAGUGGCCAAUCAGUGGACUCGCACGAGUAGGCUGGAUUCUGGGUGGCCAGGGAUCUAUAAGGAGUGACUUUGGAGCACAGUUUUUAGGGAGCCCUAAAAAUACAGGGCCCUCCUCAAGGACAGCUGGCAGGGGGUCCCCACAGGGUCGGUGUGGCCACUCCCCGAGUGCCAUGAUCCCACACCCUGGCCAUCGGUCAGGGCAAGUGCCGAUAUCACCCGGACAGGGCGUGGGUUCUGCUCCCUUCCAGGGUCUGCGUUGUUUCCCGCAAGGGGCCGGCUCCGGUGCCUGGGGCGGGUG